CUCGGCACAAAAAAUAAUAACAAAAAUGGAGAACUGUUUUUAUAUGUGUUUUUUCGGGUUGGUUUAUUGGUAAUGAAGGUCCGAGCGCGCCUCGAAAUUUCUAAUCCUUCCUCCUUGCCUCGAUCGAUCGAUUGCAAGGAGAAAAUUAUAGCAAAAUUUUCUUCGUUCCUGUUGGAAACCCUUGUUUUCAUCAAUCACCACCUCCUUCCGGCUACGCUCUCAUCGUCCUCGUGAUGUGUCUUCUAAUCUAGGGUUUGAUGCCGCCCUCACCCUGCAUGUGCCUUGGAUGGACGAGUCCGACCACUACUCACUUCAUCCUUUUGUGAUCGCAUCUGGAGCCGCUAUAUUCUGCUGCGUCUGCACCUUUUGGGCCCUCCGAUCGAACCCCGGAGGGGUCUUCUGGCAGCUUAAGAGGACCAAGUUCUGCCGAGCGGGAGACAUCAGCGCUGGGGAUUGUGACGGUCACUGCGUCGACGAAAAUAUGGCGCUGGGGGAUAAGAAGGCGGUCGUGGUGGAGCGGCAGGGAGGGGCAUCCAUGAUGGAGCUUCUGGUACCGGAGAUAACUAUUCAUGCGCUUAGCUACCUCGAUUAUACUAGCCUUUGCCGCCUAUCCAUGACUAACUCCGCGAUGAGGAGUGCUGCGAACGACGACGGCGCCUGGAAAGCCCUAUACCACAAGGACUUCACAGUGGAACAGGAUAAUAUUAACCCAAGCAAUGGAUGGAAGGCUUAUUAUGCAACUACGAAAGCAGUCGUCACUGCAAAUGCAGAAUUCUAUAAUAUAAUAAGAGAAAGGUCAUUUCCGGACAUGAGCCAGUUUUGGCUUAAUGCUGACUAUGUGAAUUGUAUCCAUGCAUCUGGAGAGCUAUUUACAGGGUACAAUGCCGUUCUUGAGAGUUGGGCAUUGGCCUUCAAUUGGGGCCAAGGUGGUGGUCAGGGGAUUGAUCUUCAAGUUCGCAAUGUCCGAGCACGAAUUCUGGGCAGCAUGGCAUGGGUUACAAUGAACGCCUACGUUGAUCUGGACAUGGGGUCGUUCCAUGUGACCAAUAUCUACGAGUUUCACCAUGGACAGUGGUACAUGGUUCACCACCACAGUUCCAUGAUGCUAAAUUGAAGUGGAUAAGGAAAAAAAAAACAAUGCAUGUCCAUUGCUUUUGCGGAGCUUAUCCUUCUUUCAUUUUGUUUAAAACCAUCUUGUCUUUUUUUCCCUUUUUUUUUUUUUGACCAUCUGAAGAGGCUGGCUAUGAAUGAUGUUUAUAUGUGCUUUUUUAGCAUUCUUAGUUGUGAUGAUAAAUUCU